AUGAAAAGAGUGCUGUAACAUAUAAACAAACUUCAUAGAAAGAGAACUAAAAAGCCAUCAAAACAAACUGGAUAUAAAAAUGCAUCAACUAAAAACUUGUCUCAUAAUGAAGCUAUAUUUGACGACAGGGAUAGAGAGAUUAAUGAGAUAUUGGUAAAGGAUAGAAACAGGAAAGGGUAUGGUAUGAGGGGUGAUGGGACAACAGAUACUGAAGGAAAUGUUCCAUUAAUUCUUAAAGUUGAGUAUUUAUUCAAUGAGUAUGAGAGGCACAAAGCAAAUAUUAGAGAUACUGAGCUAUUCUAGCAUUCCUAAUCUAAAAUAGUCCAUAGGAAUAAUAUGAAACUUAUCAAGAAUGGAAUGAUAGAUACAAAGAACUUCGAAGUGAGCAAAGAGCUAGAAUAGAAAUAUGUUCAUCAAAGGAAGUUAAAUGCGUCGAUUGAUGUGUCUAGAUAGUUCAAGUUAAGGAAGUUUACCAAAAAUAAUUAAUAAACUCCAACUAUAGGAAUGGUUUCACUGAACACCUCAAUGACUGUUGAGUCCCUUGUCAUCCCAGGUAAUCUUAAAAAUAAGGGACUUAGCAGUCUGAAGCUGAUGAGCAAAUCUCAGCAGGCUCUUCAGAGUGCACUGAGUCACUAUGCAUUUACCCCAGAUACUUAGGAAAUUCUGCAGGUAGAAAAAUUAGAGGACUUUAAUGAAUUUUAUAAACGAAUCAAACCAAAAUAUGUAGACAAAAUUAAUGUUAAGAAGGAUAUCGAUGACUAUGUCGAUAAUAAAGUUAAGUAACGAAGGAAGCUGAUUGGGAAAAACUUGGUAGCUUAGAAGUGGACUAAGUCUCUGGAGCGAAGCAGUCUCUAGAAGCGAACACCUAAUGACUAAGAUCUCAAAAGAAAAUUAGACAUUUAGAGAGAAAAGGAUAAAGCCGAAUGCAUUGGCUAUCUUCUAGCUGAUCACAAAAAGCCAUUCAGAUAAUUCUCAUUCACUAUAGAUGCUGUGAAUUUUCCAAUGACUUCUAAGUAUGGCAAAAAGAAGUUCUUAGACAGUAAUCUUAGUAAACCACCUUUACCUCCAAUGCUUAAAAUGAAUUAAUCAUAAGUAGCUCCUUAAACCAGCAAAUACAUUGAUUUAAAGAAGAGAAUAAUACACGCUUGUACAGAGUAUGAUACCUAGAAUAAGAAAAAAUUCUGA